AUGGAAGCGCCACAAAUUGAGUUCAAAAGGAAGGCCAACUGGUCUGAUUCGGAGCUGCUUGCUCUGGCAGAAACUGUGAAGGCCUCUCUCCCAGUAAUAAAGGGGAAACAUUCCCCUUAUAUUACUAACAGUGCAAAGCGGAGUGCCUGGGAGGCGGUAGUUGAUCGAGUGAACGCAGUGUCUACAAUAGACAGACGAGAUGUAGCACAGUGCAAAAAGAAAUGGAUUUGUGUAGUUUCUCAAGUGAAGAAACUGGAAUCUGCCAGGAGGACAGAGGCUGGAGGAACUGGUGGGGGGCAGCCACCUGUGAACAUGCCGCUGUGGCAGGAAGUUGUUCUGAGCACUAUUCCCAGAUGCAAUGUUUCGGGUAUUGAUGGGGGUGUUGAUACUGCAGAUGAGGACACUUCUGUGAGAGACUUGAAAGAUGCAGAUGAUGAAGAAGAAGAGGAAGGUCUUAGUGUAUUUGGAAAAGGUGCAUCAGGAAGUGGUGUAUUUGGGAAAAGUUCAUCGGGAAGUGUUAAGGGUAAAGGACUGUCAGGAAAGCCGUCAGUCAGUGGAAGUCAGAGAAGUGCUGGCAGUUCUGAAGAACUUGAGCAGAAACGUAAAUUCCUUGAAGUAGAGCAAGAAAGACUGCAAAUUUCUAAAGAACAGUUGAAAUUGAAGAAGAAAAAAAAUGAACUCCUUGAAAAAGCAAACGAACUGCAAACAAGAACAGCAGAAGCUCUAGAGGGAAUAUUAGUCGUGAUGAGAGAAAAACAGCUGAAUGAAAUUUUGUCUGAAAGCCUUCUUGAAUGUUGAUUCUAGCAUAAAACUGCUGUUAUUGUCACGUUUUGGGAGUGUUUUAACAUGAGAGAAAACAUGUGUUAACAGAAAAAAAAAUCUCGUUCACAUGCUGUUGUAACACCUUUUUAUAUAUGCGCGUUUUGUGGCAAAGCGUAUUACGGCCCCAAAGCGGAUAAUUUUAAAAGAAAAUGUCGUCAACGUUAAAAAACAACUUGGAUAUUCGCGCAUUUCAUGGAAAUUUAAUCACGUUGAGGGAUAAUGUAUUCUCUUUUUGGUGUUUUAUGCUAGAAUAGCAUUAGCGCAUAUUCUUUUCGUGUUAUAACAUCUUCAGGAUCCCGCAAGAUACGUUGGUACCCUUGCCCUACGGGCUCGGGCACCAACCAAUCCCUCGGGAAUUCUGCAGACGUUAUAACACGAAAAAACAUGCGUUAUCCCUACAUUAUGAAACGAUAAAACUGUUCCUAUUUUGUUUCAGUUAAUAAUAUUCUGAGAAGAGUUAUAAAGUGUAAUAAUUAAAUCAUGAGUGCAUAGCAUGAGAGAUUCAAUUAUUGGCAUCCGAAUGACUACCCAUAUUUUAUUAACUGAAAAAAUAUUGGAACAUGUUUAAUAUUUUGAUUCUAAGAACUCUUACUGAUUUGCAUUUUACAUUGCUACAUUUUGUUUGUAAUACUUUAUUUAGGUCAUACUAUAUGAUUCUUUCACUGGUUGUAGAUGCAGAUGGGAAUUUACGGUCCUGAGGGCAACUGGUUAGGAGGUACUGAGACUUCAGCCGAGUUACUACCUAAACAAUUACCCAAGAGCCGGAUAUUCCCAUCUGCACCUAUAACCAAUGUCAGAAUCUUUUUCUUGCAUACCGAUAUCAAAAUAUUAAUAAACGUGCAUAAACAAGAAAGAUGUCACGAUGUUUCAAAGACAAAAAACAAUGUUUAGUUCUGGUUUUGUUUCAUCAGUUGCGGCGUAAUGUUAUGAAUUUUUAGCUCACCUGAGCACAAAGUGCUCAAGGUGAGCUUUUGUGAUCGCCCUGUGUCUGUCGUCAGUCGUCUGUUCACCCGUGGUCCGUUGUCAACAAUUUGACUGUUUACACUCUAGAGGCCUAAUCUUAAUGAAACUUGGUCAGAAUGUUACCCUCAAUUAAAUCUUGGACGAGUUUGAUAUUGGGUCAUCUGGGGUCAAAAACUAGGUAACCAGGUGAAAUCAAAGGAAAAGCUUGUUAACACUGUAGAGGUCACAUUUAUGACUGUAUCUUCAUGAAACUUGGUCACAAUGUUAAUCAUGAUGAUCUCAAACUCUAGUUUGAAUCUGGGUCAUAUAGGGUUCAAAACUAGGUAACCAGGUCAAAUAAAAGGAAAAGCUAGGCCACAUUUAUGACCAUAUUUUAAUGAAACUUGGUCAGAAUGUUAAUCUUGAUGAUCUAUAGGUCAGGUUCAAAUCUGGGUCAGGUGGGGUCAGAAACUAAGUCAACUGCUCAAAUCGAAGGAAAAGCUUGUCAAGACUCUAAAGGCCACAUUCAUGACUGUAUCUUCAUGAAACUUAGUCAGAAUGUUAAUCUUGAUGAUCUUUAGGUCAGAUUCGAAUCUGGGUCAUGUAGGAUCCAAAACUAGGUCACCGGGUCAAAAAUAAAAAGAAAUAAAAUACAAAUAACUACAUAAAUCUUCUACAUAUAUGUAGUUCGUAAUAUGUCAUUUAAAACACAAGAGUCAUUUUACACCCAAUGGUGUAAUAUGGAUAUUUCCAGCACAGGUGAAAAUACUGGAAAUCCCUGUCCGGUAUGCAAGAAACUGUUACAGUUUA